AUGCAGGUAAAGGAUACAGAGAAGGCAAAGAUGCUGACUCUGCAAGAGCAGCGAAUCCGCAUACAGCAAUUAGGUAAAAGUUACAGCUAGUUAUGUCCACCGGUAUUUCUAAUAGUUAUAUAAAUUUCUAAUAGUCGUGAAGUUUUAUCAAAAACCAUUGUAGCAUAUAUAUAUAUAUAUAUAUAUAUAUAUAUAUUAGUGUACCAGUCAAGAGUGUGCAAAGCUGUCAUCAAGACAAAGGGUGGCUAUUUGAAGAAUCUCAAAUAUAAAAUAUAUUUUGAUUUGUUGAACACUUUUUUGUUUAAUACAUGAUUCCAUAUGUGUUAUUUGAAAGUUAUGAUGUCUUCACUAUUAUUCUACAAUGUAGAAAAUAGUAAAAAUAAAGAAAGACCCUUGAAUGAGUAGGUGUGUCCAAACUUUUGACUGGUACUGUAUAUAUUCAUAUAUAUAUAUAGAAUGGCUAUCUGUCACACCUUGACAUAAUUGUAUUGCAGAAUAUAUGAUACAUAAAUGUACUCCACUGCCCAUGAAAUGCUCUAUAGAUUGCAAUGAUUGUAGUUUUCACCCCUCUAGUGUAUGUCGUUUGAUUACUUUUCCCUGUAUAUGAUAUCCACUUGGGUUCAGAGCGGCAGACCCAGGCAGAGUACAGUGCUGCAAAGGAGAUCUUAGAGAAUGAUCAGAAAUCUCCACAAGGUGGAAGCACCCUGGGCAGGUCACUGCCCAAGCCUGGACCAUCAAUGGAGGUAGGCCUACAUAACUUGAGCUCAGGUAAAGAGGGAGGUGGCAAGCUUGUAGCGACCUGUGCAUAGACAAUAUUAGCUUUGUGAAGGCAUCUCAUUUUUGGAAUAGCCCAGUUGUACAUGCCAGCUUGUAGAUAAUAUGCCAGCAUGUGUGUGUGUGUGUGUGUGUGUGCGUGCGUGUGUAUGUGUGUGCAUGCGUGCGUGUGCGUGCGUGCGCGUAUAGAGCAUUGUGGAGCGGGAGAAGCGUCGACAGUGUACUCUGACAGAGCAGCACAACAGGCUGCAGUGUGCUGUCAGGGCCAAAGAGUCACAGCUGCUGGAGAUGGAGCCGGACAUGAAGGUCCUGGAGCUGGACUCCAUAGCGGAUGAUGACGAGCAGCACUACAACCAGGUGACACUAUACAGGGGACACACAGUUUUAACUGCUUAGUGGAGUUAGCACGUGAAUGGCCUUUUUUUUUUUUUUCACCUUUAUUUAACCAGGUAAGCCAGUUGAGAACAAGUUCUCAUUUACAACUGCGACCUGGCCAAGAUAAAGCAAAGUAGUGCGAUAAAAACAACAACACAGAGUUACAUAUGGGGUAAACAAAACAUAUAGUCAAAAAUACAACUGAAAAUAUAUAUACAGUGUGUGCGAAUGUAGUAAGUUAUGGAAGUAAGGCAAUAAAUAGGCCAUAGUGCAAAAUAGUUACAAUUUAGUAUAAUACUGGAAUGAUAGAUGUGCAAAAGAUGAUGUGCAAAUAGAGAUACUGGGGUGCAAAUUAGCAAAAUAAAUAACAAUAUGGGGAUGAGGUAGUUGGGUGGGCUAAUUUCAGAAAGGCUGUGUACAUGUGCAGUGAUCGGUAAGCUGCUCUGACAACUGACGCUUAAAGUUAGUGAGGGAGAUAAGAGUCUCCAGCUUCAGAGAUUUUUGCAGUUCGUUCCAGUCAUUGGCAGCAGAGAACUGGAAGGAAUGGCGGCCAAAGGAGGUGUUGGCUUUGUGGGAUGACCAGUGAGAUAUACCUGCUGGAGCGCAGACUACGGGUGGGUGUUGCUAUGGUGACCAGUGAGCUAAGAUAAGACGGGGAUUUGCCUAGCAGUGAUUUAUAGAUGACCUGGAGCCAGUGGGUUUGGCGACGAAUAUGUAGUGAGGGCCAGCCAACAAGAGCGUACAGGUCACAAUGGUGGGUAGUAUAUGGGGCUUUGGUGACAAAACGGAUGGCACUGUGAUAGACUACAUCCAAUUUGCUGAGUAGGGUGUUGGAGGCUAUUUUGUAAAUGACAUCGCCGAAGUCAAGGAUCGGUAGGAUAGUCAGUUUUACGAGGGCAUGUUUGGCAGCAUGAGUGAAGGAGGCUUUGUUGCGAAAUAGGAAGCCGAUUCUAGAUCUAACUUUUGAUUGGAGAUGCUUAAUGUGAGUCUGGAAGGAGAGUUUACAGUCUAACCAGACACCUAGGUAUUUGUAGUUGUCCACAUACUCUAGGUCAGACCCGCCGAGAGUAGUGAUUCUAGUCGGGUGGGCGGGUGCAAGCAGCAUUCGGUUGAAGAGCAUGCAUUUAGUUUUACUAGUGUUUAAGAGUAGUUGGAGGCUACGGAAGGAGUGUUGUAUGGCAUUGAAGCUCGUUUGGAGGUUUGUUAACACAGUGUCCAAUGAAGGGCCAGAUGUAUACAAAAUGGUGUCGUCCGCAUAGAGGUGGAUCCGAGCGUCACCAGCAGCAAGAGCAACAUCAUUGAUAUACACAGAGAAUAGAGUCGUCCCGAGAAUUGAACCCUGUGGCACGCCCAUAGAGACGGCCAGAGGUCCAGACAACAGGCCCUCCAAUUUGACACAUUGAACUCUAUCUGAGAAGUAGUUGGUGAACCAGGCGAGGCAGUCAUUAGAGAAACCAAGGCUAUUUAGUCUGCCAAUAAGAAUGCGGUGGUUGACAGAGUCGAAAGCCUUGGCCAGGUCGAUGAAGACGGCUACGCAGUACUGUCUUUUAUCGAUCGCGUUUAUAAUAUCGUUUAGGACCUUGAGCGUGGCUGAGGUGCACCCAUGACCAGCUCGGAAUCCGGAUUGCAUAGCGGAGAAGGUACGGUGGGAUUCGAAAUGGUCGGUGAUCUGUUUGUUAACUUGGCUUUCAAAUACUUUCGAAAGACAGGAUGGAUAUAGGUCUAUAAGAGUUAGGAUCUAGAGUGUCACCCCCUUUGAAGAGGGGGAUGACCGCGGCAGCUUUCCAAUCUCUGGGGAUCUCAGACGUUACAAAAGAGAGGUUGAACAGGCUAGUAAUAGGGGUUGCGACAAUUUCGGCGGCUAAUUUUAGAAAGAAAGGGUCCAGAUUGUCUAGCCCAGCUGAUUUGUAGGGGUCCAGAUUUUGCAGCUCUUUCAGAACAUCAGCUGUCUGAAUUUGUGUGAAGGAGAAGCGGAGGGGGGGGGGGGGGGGGGGGGGGGGGGGGGGGGGGGGGGGGGCAUGGGCAAGUUGCAGCGGAGGGUGCAGAGCUGGUGGCUGGGGUAGUGGUAGCCAGGUGGAAAGCAUGGCCAGCCGUAGCAAAAUGCUUGUUGAAAUUCUCGAUUAUUGUAGAUUUAUCGGUGGUGACAGUGUUUCCUAGCCUCAGUGCAGUGGGCAGUUGGGAGGAGGUGCUCUUAUUUUCCAUGGACUUUACAGUGUCCCAAAACUUUUUGGAGUUAGUGCUACAGGAAGCAAAUUUCUAUUUGAAAAAGCUAGCCUUUGCUUUCCUAACUGAUUGUGUAUAUUGGUUCCUGACUUCCCUAAAAAGUUGCAUAUCGCGGGGGCUGUUCGAUGCUAAUGCAGUACGCUACAGGAUGUUUUUGUGCUGAACCAGGGGCUAUAUCUGUUCUUAGUUCUGAAUUUUUUGAAUGGGGCAUGCUUAUUUAAGAUUGAGAGGAAAGCACUUUUAAAGAACAACCAGGCAUCUUCUACUGACGGAAUGAGGUCAAUAUCCAUCCAGGAUACCCGGGCCAGGUCAAUUAGAAAGGCCUGCUCGCUAAAGUGUUUUAGGGAGCGUUUGACAGUGAUGAGGGGUGGUCGUUUGAUCGCGGACCCAUUACGGACGCAGGCAAUAAGGCAGUGAUCGCUGAGAUCCUGGUUGAAGACAGCGGAGGUGUAUUUAGAGGGUACAUUUGUCAGGAUGAUAUCUAUGAGGGUGCCCAUGUUUACAGAUUUAGGGUUGUACCUGGUAGGUUCGUUGAUAAUUUGUGUGAGAUUGAGGGCAUCUAGUUUGGAUUGUAGGUUGGCCGGGGUGUUAAGCAUAUCCCAGUUUAGGUCACCAAGCAGUACGAACUCUUGAGGAUAGAUGCGGGGCAAUCAGUUCACAUAUGGUGUCCAGGGCACAACUCGGGUGAGGGGGGUCUGUAGCAAGCGGCAACAGUGAGAGACUUAUUUCUGGAAAGGUGGAUUUUUAACAGUAGAAGCUCAAACUGUUUGGGCACAGACCUGGAUAGUACGAUAGAGCUCUGCAGGCUAUCUCUACAGUAGAUUGCAACCCCACCCCCUUUGGCAGUUCUAUCGAGACGGGAAAUGUUGUAGUUGGGGAUGGACAUUUCUGAAUUUUUGGUGGCCUUCCUAAGCCAGGAUUCAGACACUGCUAGAACAUCAGGGUUGGUGGAGUGUGCUAGCACAGUGAAUAACUCAAACUUAGGAAGGAGGCUUCGGAUAUUAACGUGCAAGAAACCAAGGCUUUUACGAUUACAGAAGUCAACAAAUGAUAAUGCCUGGGGAGUAGGAGUGAUACUGGUGGCUACAGGGCCUGGGUUAACCUCUACAUCACCAGAGGAACAGAGGAGGAGUAGAAUAAGGAUAUGGCUAAAGGCUUUAAGUACUGGUCUUCUAGUGCGUUGGGUACAGAGAAAAAAAGGGGCAGGUUUUCGGGCGUUGUAGAAUAGAUUCAGGGCAUUAUGUACAGAAAAGGAUAUGGAAGGAUAGGAGUACAGUUGAGGUAAACCUAAGCGUUGGGUAACGAUGAAGGAGAAAGCAUCACUGGAGGCACCAAUUGAGUCGGUCUCCGCGUGUAUGGGGGGUGGGACAAAAGAGCUAUCUAAGGCAGGUUUAGCUGGGCUGGGGGAUCUACAGUGAAAUAGUACAAUAAGAAAUAAGUGAAACAGCAAUAAGCAAGGCAUAUUGACAUGGGAGAGAGGCAUAAAGCAAUCACAGGCCUUGUCCAUGGUGCUGAAAGUUGACAUUGAGUGACCUUGACUUGUUACAAGACUCAAGUGGAUGAUGUCUAGGAUCUAGGAUCCAAGCAUUUAAACUGCUCUGUCAUUGGCCUAAUGUGUGUUUUCGAUUUUUCUUGUGUGUUGACGUUUCUGUUGUAUUUUCCCUUGGUAGCGUGUGAGACAGCUGGAGAACAGCCUAGAAAAGAUGACCAUCAAAAUCACAGAGGCUGAGAGGAUCCAAAAAACCUACCUGCGAGUCUGCGACCACCUACAUCGGGUGAGUAACACUAACACAUUCACAGAUAUCAGCCUUUCUUUCUUUCUUUUUUUUUUUUUGGGGGGGGGGGGGGUUGGAGAUCAGCUUUAAUAUUGCAGAUAGAUUGUAACUUCCAUCAAUGUAAUUGUCUGCAUCACUUCCAAUCCCCCAUAUGUUUUUUUCUCGCAAAUAUAUAUAUAUAUAUAUAUAUAUAUAUAUAUAUAUAUAUACAUUGUCGUAGAAAUAUUUGACUCAAAAGUAGUCAACUCAAAAUAUCUCUCAAGAGACUGGAGCUUGUGAAUCCAAAAAUUAGACUUUUAAUAUUUGCAUAACAAAGCCGAGCUUGCUCCAUGGAGCAACUGCUUGCCCUGAACCGGAGCUGUCCUUUUAUACAGACACAAAUGCAUAGUCAACAUACAUAGUUACUCCUCUCUAUGUGAAUGAAUAACAUAUUUUCAUUAUCACAUGUUGGCUACUCACAGGGGCUACUUGCACUUCUCUAAAUGGGGCCUCUGUAUCUUAUUAGUGGCGUGACUCAAAAGAUUAUGUACAUACGUACGUUAAAGAACAAUCACACUCUGUAUUGACGAUAUUCACUAUCAAGACAUACAGUGGGGAAAAAAAGUAUUUAGUCAGCCACUAAUUGUGCAAGUUCUCCCACUUAAAAAGAUGAGAGAGGCCUGUAAUUUUCAUCAUAGGUAAACGUCAACUAUGACAGACAAAUUGAGAUUUUUUUCCCCAGAAAAUCACAUUGUUGGAUUUUUAAUGAAUUUAUUUGCAAAUUAUGGUGGAAAAUAAGUAUUUGGUCAAUAACAAAAGUGUAUUUUAUACUGAUAACAAGUUCAAACAGGUGCCAUUAAUACAGGUAACGAGUGGAGGACAGAGGAGCCUCUUAAAGAAGAAGUUACAGGUCUGUGAGAGCCAGAAAUCUUGCUUGUUUGUAGGUGACCAAAUACUUAUUUUCCACCAUAAUUUGCAAAUAAAUUCAUUAAAAAUCCUACAAUGUGAUUUUCUUGAUUUGUUUUGCUCAUUUUGUCUGUCAUAGUUGACGUGUACCUAUCAUAAAAAUUACAGGCCUCUCUCAUCUUUUUAAGUGGAAGAACUUGCACAAUUGGUGGCUGACUAAAUACUUUUUUUCCCCACUGUACAUACAUAUAAAUACAUAUACAUACAUAUAUAUAUCCUUAAAAAAUAUAUACAGUGGGGAGAACAAGUAUUUGAUACACUGCCGAUUUUGCAGGUUUUCCUACUUACAAAGUAUGUAGAGGUCUGUAAUUUUUAUCAUAGGUACACUUCAACUAUGAGAGACGGAAUCUAAAACAAAAAUCCAGAAAAUCACAUUGUAUGAUUUUUAAGUAAUUAAUUUGCAUUUUAUUGCAUGACAUAAUUAUUUGAUCACCUACCAACCAGUAAGAAUUCCAGCUCUCACAGACCUGUUCGUUUUUUUUAAAGAAGCCCUCCUGUUCUCCACUCAUUACCUGUAUUAACUGCACCUGUUUGAACUCAUUACCUGUACAAAAAACACCUGUCCACACACUCAAUCAAACAGACUCCAACCUCUUCACAAUGGCCAAGACCAGAGAGCUGUGUAAGGACAUCAGGGAUAAAAUUGUAGACCUGCACAAGGCUGGGAUGGGCUACAGGACAAUAGGCAAGCAGCUUGGUGAGAAGGCAACAACUGUUGGCGCUUUAUAAAAAAAUGGAAGAAGUUCAAGAUGACGGUCAAUCACCCUCGGUCUGGGGCUCCAUGCAAGAUCUCACCUCGUGGGGCAUCAAUGAUCAAAGGUAGCUUAGUGGGUAAGAGCGUUGUGCCAGUAACCGAAAGGUCGCUGGUUCUAAUCCCCGAGCCGACUAGGUGAAAAAUCUGUCGAUGUGCCCCUUAAGCAAGGCACUUAACCCUAAUUGCUCCUGUAAAUCGCUCUGGAUUAGAGCGUCUGCUAAAUGACUAAAAUAUAAAUAUAUAAUAAUAUAAAAUAAAAAUAUAUAAUAAAUAUAUCAUGAGGAAGGUGACGGAUCAGCCCAGAACUACACGGCAGGACCUGGUCAAUGACCUGAAGAGAGCUGGGACCACAGUCUCAAAGAAAACAAUUAGUAACACACUACGCCGUCAUGGAUUAAAAUCCUGCAGCGCACGCAAGGCCCACCUGCUCAAGCCAGCGCAUGUCCAGACCCGUCUGAAGUUUGCCAAUGACCAUCUGGAUGAUCCAGAGGAGGAAUGGGAGAAGGUCAUGUGGUCUGAUGAGACAAAAAUAGAGCUUUUUGGUCUAUAUUCCACUCGCCGUGUUUGGAGGAAGAAGAAGGAUGAGUACAACCCCAAGAACACUCCUGAGUGGCGCAGUGGUCUAAGGCACUGCAUCGCAGAGAUCCUGGUUCGAAUCCAGGCUCUGUCGCAGCCGGCCGCGACCGGGAGACUCAUGGGCGGCGCACAAUUGGCACAGCGUCGCCCAGCGUCGACCCGUCUGAAGUUUGCCAAUGACCAUCUGGAUGAUCCAGAGGAGGAAUGGGAGAAGGUCAUGUGGUCUGAUGAGACAAAAAUUUAGCUUUUUGGUCAGAACUCCACUCGCCGUGUUUGGAGGAAGAAGAAGGAUGAGUACAACCCCAAGAACACCAUCCCAACCGUGAAGCAUGGAGGUGGAAACAUCAUUCUUUGGGGAUGCUUUUCUGCCAAGGGGACAGGACGACUGCACCGUAUUGAGGGGAGGAUGGAUGGGGCCAUGUAUCGCGAGAUCUUGGCCAACAACCUCCUUCCCUCAGUAAGAGCAUUGAAGAUGGGUCGUGGCUGGGUCUUCCAGCAUGACAACGACCCAAAACACACAGCCAGGGCAACUAAGGAGUGGCUCCAUAAGAAGCAUCUCAAGAUCCUGGAGUGGCCUAGCCAGUCUCCAGACCUGAACCCAAUAGUAAAUCUUUGGAGGGAGCUGAAAGUCCAUAUUGCCCAGCGACAGCCCCGAAACCUGAAGGAUCUGGAGAAGGUCUGUAUGGGGAAGUGGCCCAAAAUCCCUGCUGCAGUGUGUGCAAACCUGGUCAAGACCUACAGCAAAUGUAUGUUCUCUGUAAUUGCAAACAAAGGUUUCUGUACCAAAUAUUAAGUUCUGAUUUUCUGAUGUAUCAAAUACUUAUGUCAGGCAAUAAAAUGCAAAUGAAUUACUUAAAAAUCAUACAAUGUGAUUUUCUGGAUUUUUGUUUUAGAUUCCGUCUCUCACAGUUGAAGUGUACCUAUGAUAAAUAUUACAGACCUCUACAUGCUUUGUAAUUAGGAAAACCUGCAAAAUCGGCAGUGUAUCAAAUACUUGUUCUCCCCACUGUAUAUUUCCAUUUAUUACUUUCCAACCCCACCACCCCUUCCCUAAUUGGAGUAAACCAGUGAACAACAACGCGUAUGCCUCUACUUCCAGCUUAUACAUACUAUAUACAUUUUAUGGACACAGUCAAUUUUACAAUAAUUCUAUUUUGUUUGUUUUUACUCCUGAACUUCCUCUACCCUCAACCUCUCCGAUCAUUUUCAUGAUGUUAAUCCGGUUUGCUUCUAUAUGCCAUAUCUUUCUAACUGUGCUCUUUCACAAAAGCUCUCAACCAAAACCUAUAUCUUAUUAUACUUAUUAUCAGCCGUUCUUUGUGGACAUUAAAUCAAAUUAAAUUGUCAACAUUGAAUUCAAGUCUCCCUUGGGAGAUAUACUCCAGUCAGUGUGACUACGUAGGACUGGCGGAGUUGUGUCUCAAAUGGGACCCCACUACUUUUGACAAGAGCCCUAUGAGCCCUGGUUAAAAGUAGUGAAUAGAUUCCAUUUGGGAAGCAGACAAAUCUAAUUCCAUUGUGACCCGUGUUUGGGUCGUUUGUUCCUGGUUCAGGAGGUGUGUGAGAUGCCCAUGGCUCUGGAUCAGCUGCAGAACUCAGUGGUCAGCGGGCAGACAGAGCUAGGAAAGGUGGCCCACAUGUCUCACACUGCAGUGGCUGCUGUGGACUGCACUAAGGUAAAGCAAAUCUGGGGGACCAUUAACUUUUAGCUCCCACUUGCCUAUUGUGGGAUGUUUACUUGUAAGUGCUAUCAAUUGUAUUACACACAUUGGCUACAUGUCUUAGUAUGAUUGGGAAGAAAAUAAGAGAAAAAAGGUCAGGCUCAUCUGAAUACCAGCCAUGACUUGUCAUGAAUUCCAGUAUGCCUUUUCCCACUACAAUUGUAUGACGUGUGUAUGUUUGUCUGUCUGUCUUUCGCCACCAGAGUCAGCUGGUUCAUAUGGAGAGGCAGCUAAUGGUGGAACGCAGAAUGAUGGAGAAAGGGUUGACUGAAAGGAGGGGAGUGAAAGAGAAGGAGGUGGAGAGUCGGCUGGAGAGAGAGAGGGAGGGAGAGCGACGGAGCAGCAGAGUAGCACAGAAAUUGAAAGAGCAGGUGAGAGAGAAAGAGACGGAGGGAGAGAUGGAGGGAGAGAUGGAGGGAGAAAUAGGGAGGGAGAGAGAAAGAUGGGCCUGUGGGGAACAGAAAUAGAGAGAGAGAGAAAGAAAGACAGAAAGAUAGAAAUAGAAAAGAAAGAAUGACCAAGAAGAUAAAAGAACGCACUCUCAAUCCACACGCCUCCGCAAUCAGCCAAUGAACGCCCUCCAUACAGACAGAACCAUACCCACCGAAUACGCUCACCCCUCCGAUCCCUCCCCCCAGUCCCUCCUCCCCCCUCCCUGCCCUCCCGGUCCCUCCUCCCGCCCUCCCGCUCUCCCUCCUCCUGUCCCUCCCUCCCUCCUCCCUCCUUCCCUCCUUCUGACUCCUUCCCUCCUUCCCUCCUUUCCCUCUCCCCUCCUACAGUACUCCCUCCGUGAUGGAUUGACCUGUGGGAAACAGCGAGAGAACAGGAGAAUGAAAGAACAGAUUGAAAGUGAACAUGUUAGUCAAGAGGGACACUUAAAUGCCUAUUGCAGUCAGUGAGUGUUGUUGUUUUAUAGGGUCGGAGAGGGUCGUCUGCCAGAGAGGGACUGGCUGAAGAUACAGCUCCUAUCAGAGGUAUUACAUCAGAUGAUCUUACACCACAGACACUUAUGUAUUAAAAUAAAUACAGUAAAUAUCAGAUCACCAAUGUCCAAAUAGUACUCUAUCUUGAAGGCAGUAAUAUUCUGAAUCAUACAUACUUUGCAUGAGCAAAGGCAAUGUGCAUACAUACAAUGACAUCCAUAUUCAGCGUGCUGCUGGUUUUCAGGUGCUCACAUUUUAUUUCCUUAUGUUCAGCAUUGAGAUUGAUGAUGAAAUGAUAUGUGUCUGUGUUGUGUUCUCCUCCUGCAGCCCAGCAGACGGCCGCAGCCUCCAUUACUCCACAGUCCAUCUUCAAACUGGUGGAGGAUAUUGAUGCUCUGAGAGAAGCGCUCAGCUGCACUGAUCUGCAGGUAUGGUGGCCCACGUGGAUCAUUUAGCCCUAUUAUGUGCAAUAUCUAAUAAGCACUCUAAUAAGCAACAUGUUGCCUAUCAUUAAUGUUACGUUUUUAAUAUAAGCCACUGUUGCAAACAGCCCUUUGUUUUUUCCCUUGACACAGUGAUGUAGUUGUUUAAUUUUGUUGAGUUACGUUGCAGUAAUAUCUAACCACACUGGGGUGUUGUAGUUUCAAUUAAAUGUAAUAUAUUAGAACACUUACGGUAUGUGUGGCACUAUAGAAAAGGCAAAGGUAUUCAAACACACCCCAGGCCUGGUACCUGGCCUGAUAGUCUCUCUGAACAAAAAGUCAAUCCACACGCUGGCAGUGGUGAAAGAAGUACCCAAUUGUCAUACUUGAGUAAAAGUAAAGAUACUUUAAUAGAAAAUGUAAAAUGUAAAAGUGAAAGUCACCUAGCAAAAUACUACUUCAGUAAAAGUCUAAAAGUAUUUGGUUUAAAAUAUACUUAAGUAUCAAAAGUAAAAGUAUAAAUCAUUUCACAUUCCUUAUAUUAAGCAAACCAGACGGCACGGUUUUUCUAGUUUAUAUUUAUUUACAGGUAGCCAGGGACACACUCCAACACUCAGACAUCAUUUACAAACUAAGCAUUUGUGUUUAGGGAGUCUGCCAGAUCAGAGGCAGUAGGUAUGACCAGGGAUAUUCUCUUGAUAGGUGUGUGAAUUUGACAAUUUUCCUGUCCUGCUAAGCAUUCGAAAUGUAAGGAGUACUUUUGGGAGUCAGGGAAAAUAUAUGGACUAAAAACACAUUUUAUUUUUACUGCAUAUAUAAAUUGAGUGUACAUAACAUUAGGAACACCUGGUCUAUCCAUGGUAUAGACUGACUCAAAUCAAAUGUAUUCAUAAAGCCCUUUUUACAUCAGCAGAUGUCACAAAGUGCUUAUACAGAAACCCAGCUUAAAACCCCAAACAGCAAGCAAUGCAGAUGUAGAAGCACGCUGGCUAGGGAAAACUCACUAGAAAGGCAGGAACCUAAAAAGAAAGCUAGAGAGGCACCAGGCUCUAAGGGGUGGCCAGUCUUCUUCUGGCUGUGCCGAGUGGAUAUUAUAAGAGUACAUGUUCUUGAAGCUGUUCAAACAUUCAUAGAUGACCAGCAGGGUCAAAUAAUAAUCACAGUGGUUGUAGAGGGUGCAAGAGGUCAGUACCUCAGGAGUAAAUGUCAGUUGGCUUUUCAUAGCUGACUAGGUGAAUCCAGGUGAAAGCUAUGAUCCCUUAUUUAUGUCACAUGUUGCCACUUCAAUCAGUGUAGAUGAAUGGGAGGAGACAGGUUAAAGAAGGACUUUUAAGCCUUGAAACAAUUGAGACAUGGAUUGUGUAUUUGUGCCAUUCAGAGGGUGAAAGCGCAAGACAAAAUAUUUAAGUGCCUUUGAACAGGGUAUGGUAGUAGGUGCCAGGCGCACCGGUCUGAGUGCGUCAAGAACAGCAACGCUGCUGGGUUUUACACGCUCAACAGUUUCCCGUGUGUAUCAAGAAUGGUCCACCACCCAAAGCACAUCCAGCCAACUUGACACAGCUGUGGGACGCAUUGGAGUCAACAUGGGCCAGCAUCCCUGUGGAAGGCUCUCGACACCUUGUAGAAUCCAUGCCCUGACGAAUUGAGUCUGUUCUGAGGGCAAAAGGGGGUGCAACUCAAUAUUAGGAAUACUGGUGCCGGUAGUCUCUCUGAGCUGAGUAUGUGUCUACUUCUCCACCUGUCUGUCUAGGAGCUGGAGACACGGCUGGUCUCUCAGCAGGCCACCAGAGAGCAGCUGCACACUCAGAUGACCCAGUGUGAGGAGCUGGUCAGUCAGAGCAUGGAGACCCUGGCUGCCCUGGAGCUCCAGUACGCGCGACUCAAGUUCAGCGCCGGGCCCGGCUCUGACAGGUACAGUAGAGCCACAGAAAAGUAGUACUUCUGUAUCAUCAUAGAAAUAGAGGAGAAAAUCUGAAAGUUCCUCAGAUCUCAGGCCUCAGACCUUCUUCUCCAAUGGGUUUUGCGAAAGGAGGCGAGGAGAGAAUGCAAGGAAUCAAGGAAAUACAAUUUAGAUUCACCCUCUGUGUUUUUCUCAAGGUUUGAGCAGCUGAAGGAGGAAAUGCAGGUGGAGCUUGAGCAGGAAGAGGAGCGUUGCAGCCAAUGGGAAGCCAAGCUGGGCAGGGCCCAAUCCGUGCUGCAUGGGGUAGAGCAGGGGGUCAACAACUUGUUCUUCAGGAUUAGCUGUGUGCAUGUCAAGGUAGCCAUUUUAGAUGGACAGCUCAGUCUCAUCUGGCCCUUUCUUGGUCACAAAGAAAAACAACCCUCUAGUCACCUAUCAGCCAGAAAAUGUUGUUUGGGAAUUCCUCAAGCCUCUGUUCUUGGACCACUACUGUUCUCAUUAUAUAAACUAGCCCUUGGUGAUGUUAUUCAGGAAUAGAGAGGAUUCUAAAGCAAAUGUUUCUGUGUUGUUGUAGGACUCUCCCAAGGAGUUGGGGGAUCUGGAUGCCACAGAGAAGCUGAGGGAAAUUGGUGUCCGUCUGCCCACACUGCAGACCACAGCUUCAGAGAAGAUUGAGGAAAACACUGCUGACCAUGAGAAGGUGACCCCUCUGUUCUCUCACCCCUCUCCCCUCUGGUCUCACCCCUCUCCCUUCUGGUCUCACCCAUCUGGUCUCAACCCUCUCCCCUCUGGUCUCACCCCUCUCCCUUGUGGUCUCAUCCUUCUCCCCUGUGGUCUCACCCCUCUCCCUUCUGGUCUCACCCAUCUCCCCUCUGGUCUCACCCCUCUCCCUUGUGGUCUCAUCCUUCUCCCCUGUGGACUCACCCCUCUCCUUUCUGGUCUCACCCAUCUGGUCUCAACCCUCUCCCCUCUGGUCUCACCCCUCUCCCUUGUGGUCUCAUCCUUCUCCCCUGUGGUCUCACCCCUCUCCCUUCUGGUCUCACCCAUCUGGUCUCACCCUUCUCCCCUGUGGUCUCACCCCUCUGGUCUCACCUCUCUCCCUUGUGGUCUCAUCCUUCUCCCCUGUGGUCUCACCCCUCUCCCUUCUGGUCUCACCCAUCUGGUCUCACCCCUCUCCCCUGUGGUCUCACCCCUCUCCCCUCUGGUCUCACCCCUCUCCCUUGUGGUCUCAUCCUUCUCCCCUAUGGUCUCACCCCUCUCCCCUCUGGUCUCACCCCUCUCCCUUGUGGUCUCACCCCUCUCCCCUGUGGUCUCACCCCUCUCCCCUCUGGUCUCACCCCUCUCCCUUGUGGUCUCAUCCUUCUCCCCUAUGGUCUCACCCCUCUCCCCUCUGGUCUCACCCCUCUCCCUUGUGGUCUCACCCCUCUUUUUCUCACCCCUCUCCCCUGUGGUCUCACCCCUCUCCCCUGUGGUCUCACACCUCUCCCCUGUGGUCUCACCCCUCUCCCUUGUGGUCUCACCCUUCUCCCCUGUGGUCUCACCCCUUUCCCUUCUGGUCUCACCCAUCUGGUCUCAACCCUCUCCCCUCUGGUCUCACCCCUCUCCCUUGUGGUCUCAAACCCCCUCCCCUGUGGUCUCACCCCUCUCCCCUCUGGUCUCACCCCUCUGCCCUGUGAUCUCACCCUUCUCCCCUGUGGUCUCACCCCUCUGGUCUCAGCCCUCUCCCCUCUGGUCUCACCCCUCUGCCCUGUGAUCUCACCCCUCUCCCCUGUGGUCUCACCCCUCUGGUCUCAGCCCUCUCCCCUUUGGUCUCACCCCUCUGAUCUCACCCCUCUCCCCUCUGGUCUCACCCCUCUGCCCUGUGAUCUCACCCCUCUCCCCUGUGGUCUCACCCCUCUGGUCUCAGCCCUCUCCCAUGUGGUCUCACCCCUCUUCCCUCUGGUCUCACCCCUCUCCCCUGUGGUCUCACCCUUCUCCCCUCUUGUCUCACCCCUCUCCCCUCUGGUCUCACCCCUCUUCCCUGUAGUCUCACCCUUCUCCCCCGUGGUCUCACCCCUCUGGUCUCACCCCUCUCCCCUCUGGUCUUACCCCUGUGGUCUCACCCCUCUCCCCUCUGGUCUCACCCCUCACCCCACUGGUCUCACCCAUCUGGUCUCACCCCUCUCACCUCAGGUGUGGAGCUUUCUGGAGCAGAGCACCAUGAUGGAGCCCAGGAACUUCAAGAGGGCCAGCAGCCCUGUGUACAACAGUGCCUCAGAAGGUAUGCUUUUUCUUGGAUGUAUGGUUAUGCAUGGCUUUAAGUCUAUUGUAAACAACAGCUUAUUAACAGCUGGUAGCUAUUCCUGUAUGUUUGCAUAAUGGAUGUUUAGUGCUUUGCUAAUAGUGUUUUCUUGUUGCUGGUUGUGUCUAAUAGCUCCUCUAUCACCUGCUCCUUUCUUCCGUCUCAGACACAUUCCAGUUCCGCAGUCUGGAGGAGGACUGCUCCCUGACCCGCGAGGAGAUCAAGCGUCGCAGCAUCCAGCUGAUCGAGGCCCACCAGCCAAAGAAGAAAGCCCAGAGGGGCACCAAGAAGAGCUAG